GGAGGAGGAGGAGGAGGAGGGAGAAUGGUUUCUGCAGCAGUGAGAUUCCCCUAGUAGUCCAGCACCAGACCGGUGCAUAGGAGCUUAUCCAGGCGUCUCUUGCUCCUUGUACUCCCCUUGUUCCCCCUCCCCACACACAAAGCGAUGGUGUUAAAGGAUCCAGGCGUGUUUCUGACCCUUUUCCUAUGGAUUACGGCUUCCUGGGGCUGUCUGGCUACAGCUGCGGGGCUUGGUGCUGCCGCCCGCAAGCAGGACGAGACUCUCUCUGCUGUCAGUGUUUACAGAGCCAGAUGCACCUCCAGGUGCCUUAGUCUGCAGAUCACUCGAAUCUCAGCCUUCUUCAAGCAUUUCCAGAACAAUGGUUCCCUGGUAUGGUGCCAGACGCACAAACAGUGUUCUAAGUGCCUGGAACCCUGCAAAGAAUCAUGGGAACUAAAGAAAAACCAAUGCCAAAGUUUUUGUGAGCCUCUUUUUCCCAAGAAGAACUACGAAUGCCUAACUAGCUGUGAGUUCCUCAAAUACAUUCUGUCAGUGAAGCAAGGUGACUGUCCAGCACCCGAGAAGGCCAGUGGUUUUGCAGCUGCUUGUGUGGAAAGUUGUGAAAUCGACAACGAAUGCUCUGGGGUGAAGAAAUGUUGUUCGAAUGGAUGUGGACAUACCUGUCAAGUCCCCAAAAACCUAUACAAAGGUGUUCCUCUGAAGCCCAGGAAAGAGUUAAGAUUUACAGAACUUCAGUCUGGACAGCUGGAGAUUAAGUGGUCCUCAAAAUUUAAUAUUUCAAUCGAACCUGUAAUCUAUGUGGUGCAGAGGAGAUGGAAUUAUGGAAUCCAUCCUAGUGAGGAUGAUGCUACAAAUUGGCAGACUGUGGCGCAGACUACUGAUGAGAGAGUUCAACUGUCUGACAUAAGACCUAGCAGGUGGUACCAGUUCCGAGUGGCUGCCGUUAAUGUGCAUGGAACAAGAGGCUUCACAGCACCCAGUAAACACUUCCGCUCUUCUAAAGAUCCAUCUGCUCCACCUGCUCCGGCUAAUCUCAGAAUUGCCAACUCCACUACUAACAGUGAUGGAAGUGUGGCUGUAAGGAUUAUUUGGGAUGUGCCAGAAGAACCUGACAUUCCUGUGCAUCACUACAAAGUCUUUUGGAGUUGGACUGUCAGCAGCAAAUCAGUUGUGCCAUCUAAAAAGAAGAGAAGAAAGACGACUGAUGGGUCUCAAAAUUAUGUGGUCCUGGAUGGUCUUCAGCCAAAUAAUAACUAUAUGGUGGAAAUACAGGCCAUUACUUACUGGGGACAAGUACGCCUAAAAAGUGCUAAGGUGUCUCUUUACUUCACUGCCACACAAGCAGCAAGUAAUAAAGGUCAACUUGGGAAAAAUAGAAAAGGGGUCCCCGAAAUACUUCCCCCUUUCCAAAGAAGGAGACCCACUCGCCUUCUGGAAAUUGGAGCCCCUUUCUACCAGGACAACAUGCUUCAGGUCAAAGUCUAUUGGAAAAAGACUGAAGAUGCCAGUGUGAAUCAAUAUCACGUACAGUGGUUUGCAGAAUCAUGUGCCCACAAUGAAACAAGUGGACCUGAGAAAGCAACUGGUCUGGCCCAUGAAAAUUAUAUAAUUCUUCAAGAUUUGGCAUUUUCAUGCAAAUAUAAAGUGACUGUCCAACCAGCAAGACCCAAGGGUCGUUUGAAGGCAGAAAGUAUUUUCUUUACCACCCCUCCUUGUUCUGCUCUGAAAGGGAAAAACCACAAACAUACUAGCUGUCCUGGUGAAGGAGGUCCUGUUCUUUCCAAAGUGUUAACCAAGCCUGAGAAUCUCUCAGCAUCUUUUGUUGUUCAAGAAGUCAAUAUCACGGGACACUUUUCCUGGAAGAUGUCCAAGGCUAAUCUCUACCAGCCUAUGACAGGAUUUCAAGUCACUUGGGCAGAAGUCACCACGGAGAGUAGACAAAAUAGCUUACCCAACAGUAUCAUUUCCCAAUCUCAGAUAUUGCCAGCAGAUCAUUAUGUUCUGACUGUACCCAAUUUGAGACCAUCUACACUUUACAGAUUGGAAGUGCAAGUAUUAACUACUGGAGGGGAAGGGCCAGCCACAAUAAAAUCAUUCCGGACACCUGACCUGCUGCCAUCUUCACCUCACAGACCUCAUCUUAAACAUCAUCCACAUCACUACAAGCCUUCCCCAGAAAAAUAUUAAAAUGAAAUGAUUUUUAAAGAGUGAAAGAUUAUUGAACUACAGGAUAUUUGCAGGACAAAUAGGUACUUUCCCAUCCUUAUCUUGCCUAGUUGAAGUUAUGAUCACAUAUAAUUCAUUGAUAAUUCUGCACUGACUUUUCCCCCAAUCCUCUCAAGUCUGCAAUCCUGCAUGCUACAAGCAUAAUGACAGUAGUGUCUGUAUUCUGCCAACUGAAGAUGUAAAACACACCUAUUUCAUUAUGAAGAACAUGUCUAUUGUAAUCGAGAUUUUGUUUCCUAUAGUUAGACUAAAUACAAAGGGUGCCAUAUGUGUCUUUGAUUAUCUUUGAGAAAGGAUUUUUGGAGAAAAGUGAUUUUUAUAUUUGACUGACCAGUUUAGAACAGCUUUGGGUAGAUUAUAUAAGGAAAUGUGGCAGGAAUAAAUGCACUAAAAAUAAGGGCAAUUAUAGAAAUCUUAGUCUGAAAAUAACGUGAGUAGUAUACAUUUAAGAAAUAUUAGUUGGGGAAAAUCAAUUUUAACCAUUUCCCCAAAUUAUAUGAGAAGUACUAUAGUUAGGUCAUAAUUAUCAGUUAAAGACACCAUUGAGAAAUAAUUUGUAUGUACUAAUAGUGAAUAAGUACAUAAAAUGAGGAUUUUCAUGUCAUUGAAGUAUCCUUACCAUUCCAACUGACCUCCUAAAAAUGCUUAAUAUUUAGAAUUAUAUUUUGCUCUACUUGAACAUCCCAGUUAAUGUAGCUAAAAAUCUAUUCUAAUGCCCACACCAGAUCCAGAUAAAUUCAUGUUAACUAUGAAUUGGCUAUUAUUGUGAUACCAACUUAUUUAGGUAGUAACCAGAAUAUCCAAGGAAUUGAUUAAUUUGGUCCCAAGAAUUUUCCCAUUCCUUCUUCAGGAAAUCAAUCAUUUCACUGUCGCCUAGUCCAGUAAUAGAAGUUUUUCUUAUGUCUAGGAAUUUAAACUCCUCAAUUGUGCAAUGUUAUUUCUUUUUUUUCAUUCAUUCUUUAGUUAAGAAGGAACACUGCUAUUUGCAUCCAUUUUCCUAAAAUGUUCAUAUAAUUGAAGAGUUAUGUUACCUCAUUCUUAAAAUGAAGACAGUUGCAGUCCUAGCUUUUUGUAAUGUUUCAAAAAGAAGUCUAUAUGAUUGAUUUUUUUGAGCAAUGUACUAUGUUUUGAUUUAUAGGAGAAAAAUAGUUAUUCUGCAUUUGACUCAUCAUUAUGACCUCUACUAUUAUGUAGAUGAAGUUUCCCCUUUGGAUCAGUAAAAAUUUCCCUAACCAUUCCCAAAUGGGAUAAGGUCAGUUAAUUACUAUAUCAGGAUAUGUGAUUGCAAUAGUUAUUAGGAAAUACUACAUGAAACUACUACAGUAUUUUUCAAGAGAUGCAUAUCAAAUAGACACAAAUAAAUGCAAAUAUGUAUACACAUAUAUGCAUACAUGCAUUUACACACACAUGCAUACCAUAUUGGACUUAGUUCUUUACUGGAAAAGGCUAAAAACAGAUUAUCCAUGUGGAAAAAAAUCACAAUCCCAGGAAUCCUGCCAAAGACAAUGAGAAUUAAUGAGAUGAACUUAAUAAUUAAUUUUCCUUAAGGUUUUCUAUUGUUUAAAAAGAUAACCAUAACUUUUUUAAAUGCAUAGCUUUCAUGUUGAAGUUUACUGGGAAAAUAUGUUUUGAGAUUUUAGAAUAGCACAUUCUCAUUCUUACCUCACAUGUAAAAUGAUCAAAUCUCAUUUAAUGAUUUUCGUAUGGGUGCAAAGAAUUAUGGCAACUAACAUAGAACUUAGAAUUCAUGGAACCUAUGAAUAUGCAUGCAUGUGCACACACACAAAUAUAUAAGAUUAUUUAUAUACCCACCGACCAGUUUCUAUAUACCCAGAUGUUAUAUCUAGGUUUUACUUGUAAGACUCUUUACAAGAACAUCAAACUCAAAUGUUGAUUUUUAAAAUAUUUUCCUUUUAAUGUGAACAAAUUGAAAACUCCUAAUGAAUAACCUCAGUAGAUCAUGUAUAUAGUCUAAAAUACAAGGUCCAAAUGAAAGUUUCUGUUGGUUUUUCAGGCAGCCCUUAAUUUAGAUAAGCAUAUAUAUAAACCUUACAAAAUACACCAGAUUCUAAGAUUUCAACCUUUUUGUUGAAAGAAACAAGAAACUCAUGUUAAAACACAUGGGGUAUAAGCAAACACAGUACAGAGGUCUCCUUGGAAAAGUAUGCUAAAGUCGAGCACUGAUGCCAACAACCAAAAUCAACAAUAGCAAAAUUUUAAGAGAGGGGAAAGAAACACACACACACACACACACACACACACACACACACACAUUUUGUGUCAAGUUCGAGUUUAUCUUAGUCCUUUUUUUGAUCAUAAGAUCAAUGCAAUCAAUUUUUACAAUUUCUUUAAUUCAUGUAUAAUUUAAAUAAGGAGGUCUGAGCUAGACAAAAUAUAAAAUAUUAUUUAAAAACUGUAGGUAGAGGCUGAAAUCCACAGUCAAUAUGAUCAAUUCCACAGUAAUAAGGAAAUGCUUAUAUCAACAUCUGUUUCUAUUUUUUUAAUCUCCAUAACACAUCAUUUCAGUUUGGAUGGUGGGUUUCUAUUAAAAAAAAUAAUAAAUUAUUAGCUAAACUGCCAGUUGUUUUGCAUUUUCUUAACUUUCAAUAAGUUCACAUUGGCAAAGUAAAAGUCAUAAUUUCACUUUUGUAGAGUUCAAAACUAUUCUUUAAAAGGAAACAAAUGUAUUGUUUCUGUGCCUAAUCAUGAAAUCUAUCCUGCAGAAAUUUAUAAGGUGUAUUGAAACUGGGCAGAUCUCACAUUUGAAGACAAUACUAUUGCAUUCAAUAAUCAUAAUUAGAGUUUAUGGGACUGAACUGCCUAAAUCUUUUAGCUACUCAAAAACAAGGUUCUGGAAACAAAGAAAAUAUGUACUACAUAAAUCACACUCUUUCCUGCUAGAGUGUAUAUGUCUUGGAUUUAUCCUAGAAUAUCUCAAGAAGAUUUUUUGUCCAACUGAAACUUUUAAGAUUCUUUUUGCAAAUGAUCUUAUGUUAUAAUUUUCAUACUAUUUAUGGGAGAUCAUUUUUAUGCUAGGUUAUUUUGGAAAUGUUUACAAAUCAGAGUUUAAACUAGAACAUAUUGUUGCUUCUUAUAAAGCUAAAGGAACAAACAUCAGGCCCUGUCCUGACAUCUUGGCUGAGUUAAAGAGAUUCUGCCCAUAUUAGGAUUGUGGAAGAAGGCCUGGACACCACAGAAAGAUAUAUAAUUAAUGUAAGGGGACACUGGCAACAUAGGAGACAGAAGAAAAGUAAUAUUUCAAAAAUCAAACACUGAAAUAGGCCAACUUAUCUCAUUUCUCAUUUAGAACACACACACAAAAAGUUGUUUUCUGUCCUGUGAGUCUAAUUAAUGCCAGUGGGAAUUUUAUUUUGUCCUUCAUAUCUGGAAAAGUCUGUUGUGAUAUUGAAUUAUUUAUUAAUGCCCCUUGUAAUUUGUGACUUAUAAUCCUUCAUUUUUGUUGAUACUGAAAAUCCAAAAUAAUUAUGUCAUGUUAUGAGAUCUUAUACUUUGGAACGAGGAAAUGAGGUUCAAAAACUGUUGCAUGUGGUUUUAAAAAUUAUUUAAGAAAUGUAAAUGAAUUACCUGAAGAUGUUGAUUAUUAUAUAUGUUUUUUUGCAUGCCCAAACUCAGUGCUCAGUUAUCGGCAUGAACUGUAAUGACUGUCAUAUCUCUACUGAAUAUAUUAGCAAGUUACAUGAUUUACAGAGUGAUUAACAGAGGUUUAUAUGUAAAGUUAUUUUUUCCUUUACUUAAUUAUAUUGUAGUGUGAAGAUAACAGAACUGUUUAUCUGUCACCCAAGUGGGCUGUAGAAAUCAUGUUCCCUGUAACAGUCAUUUAAAAUCACUAUUUAUUUAUGUAUGUAAUACAGAAAAAGUUUGAUUUUUGUGUAUGUCUGUCCUGUUAUUUACAGAGAAGAAAUCUUCUUGUAAAUUUUUUUGUAAAAACAAACAAACAAAAAGAAUUGUAAAUAGUCUGAUAUUAUGUUACUCAUUAUUUUCAUGUUAGAAUUUGUACAUAUUGUUUAAGAAAUAAACUAUCUCUAAACCUGUA